UGCUAGUUCUUACAAAGAAGUCACCUGGACAACACAGAAUCUCAGAGUGCAUCCUUACCAAUCCUGCGAAAAUCUUCUCUCUCUCUCUCUCUCUCUCUCUCAAAUCUGCUUCUAGGUUUAGCGGUCGGUAUCUUUUUUCGUGUUAUCCAAUUUUUGUUGGUCGGAUUUAUUCUGCAGAGCCCAAUCGAGAAAUGAAGCAGAGGAGCGAGCAAUUUCGCAUUUCCAAGAUAAUUACUUACGUUCUCAUCGCACUCAUUGUGCUUCUCGGGCUGAUUUGUUUCUAUUAUGGAUCUUCCGUCGUCCCCGCACUAUCCAGAUCCGACCGCCACUCUUUUAGUCACGACGGCACCGACCCGGUUGUCGGCGGGUCUUCUGGAACCCGUGAUCUUGAUGAUUUGUUACUGGAACAUGUCCCUCGAAGCAUUCCUAUAUGUGAUAUGAAAUACUCUGAGUUGAUACCUUGUUUAGAUAGAAACCUUAUCUAUCAAUUGAAAUUGAAGCCUAAUUUGACAUUGAUGGAGCACUACGAACGGCAUUGUCCUCCUCCUGACCGCCGUUUUAAUUGUCUUAUUCCUCCCCCUAUUGGCUACAAGAUUCCUAUAAGAUGGCCUGAGAGCAGAGAUGAAGUGUGGAAGGUGAAUAUACCUCACACGCAGCUUGCGCAAGAGAAGUCUGAUCAGAAUUGGAUGGUCGUCCGUGGGGAGAAGAUAAAUUUUCCUGGUGGAGGAACCCAUUUCCACUAUGGGGCUUAUAAGUACAUUAUUGCUCUUGCCAGGAUGCUUAAAUUCCGAAAUGAUAAACUACACAAUGGUGGGAAUGUCCGGAAUGUUCUUGAUGUUGGUUGUGGGGUUGCAAGCUUUGGAGCCUACCUUCUUGCCCAUAACAUAAUAGCUAUGUCCAUUGCGCCAAAUGAUGUGCAUGAAAAUCAAAUCCAAUUUGCAUUAGAAAGAGGGAUUCCAUCAACUCUUGGUGUACUGGGAACGAGAAGACUUCCUUUUCCAAGCAGAUCAUUUGAACUGGCUCACUGUUCAAGAUGUCGGAUUGAUUGGCUCCAAAGAGAUGGAAUUCUUUUACUAGAACUUGACAGAUUGCUGAGACCAGGAGGAUAUUUUGCAUACUCUUCUCCUGAAGCCUAUGCGCAUGAUCCACAAAAUCGAAGGAUCGGGAAUGCUAUGCAUGAUCUUUUGAAAAGAAUGUGUUGGAGAGUUGUUGUGAGGAAAGACCAGACUGUUAUCUGGGCAAAGCCCACAAGUAAUAGUUGUUUCUUGAAAAGACAACCUGGAACUCUACCCCCUUUGUGUAGCACCGAUGAUGACCCAGAUGCAACUUGGAAUGUACAAAUGAAGGCAUGCAUCUCUCCAUACUCAUCACAGAUGCACAUGGUAAGAGGGAGCGGACUAGUUCCCUGGCCGAAGAGGCUUACGGAGGCACCUCCUCGUCUGGAAGAAAUUGGUGUUAGUGCUGAAGAAUUCCAUGAGGACACUAGGAUAUGGCAAUUUAGAGUGAGUGAGUACUGGAAUCAGAUGAAAUCUGUUGUACGGAGGAGUUACUUCAGAAAUGUCAUGGAUAUGAACUCAAACUUGGGGGGUUUUGGAGCUGCUCUUAAAGAUACAGACGUAUGGGUGAUGAAUGUUUCUCCGGUGAACCAGUCUGCUAGAUUGAAGAUUAUUUAUGACCGUGGCUUAAUUGGAACAGUUCAUGACUGGUGUGAAGCAUUCUCUACAUAUCCACGCACUUAUGAUCUUCUUCAUGCGUGGCAAAUAUUUUCCAAGAUUGAGGAAUAUGGGUGUGGUUUAGUGGAUCUACUUAUUGAAAUGGAUCGGAUACUAAGGCCUGACGGGUUUGUCAUCAUAAGGGACAAACCCUCAAUCGUAAACUAUAUUCACAAGUAUGUCACUGCCUUGAGGUGGGAUCGCUGGAUAUCAGAAGUUGAACCAAGGAAGGAUGCCCUCUCCUCAGGUGAAGAACAAGUUUUGAUUGUGAGAAAAAAGUUAUGGAGUGGAGAAGAUUCAACAAUGUGAAUAUGGCUACAAGGGGGCAGGCUGUUGCAGUUUUGGAACCCUUUGCAACACAUGGGGAUAGAAAAAGCCAGGACUUGUGCUCCAUUGCCACAUUGAGAGCAGGAUCUCUAUUGCAAAGAUGGGAAUUAAGACAAUACAAGCGAUUUUUUGAUGGAAUAUGCAAAGUGCAGACAGGAGGUCCAGCUUUAAGCAAACCUGUCCUGAGGAAAGAGAAGAAAAAGAGGAGCUUUCAUUCCUAGUAUUACCAGGAGAUGGUGAUCUAUUUUCUGGGAUGUAAUUGUUUACACUAAUGUUACCUCACAACUAAACUUGGACUUGUUUGCUUAUUUUCACAAUUACCCUUUUUUCUUGGAGCCGCCUUUACUUUGGGAGAAAUAGAAGCAAAGUGACAGGAUCUUGCCUUCAUUUAUUCCAUUAAGCAUGCUUGGUUGGGCAUUAUCCAUGCAUGCUUUGACUCUCGGAACUCUUUGUUUAGUUUAAAAUUAUUCUGAAGCCUCUUUUCUUUUGAUUCGAAA